AUGGAUAAAUCACACCCAUUGAGUAGCCCAAUGGUAGUUAGGUCACUUGAUGUAGAAGAAGAUCCUUUUCGACCUAGAGAAGAACAUGAAGAGCUCCUUGGUCCAGAAGUACCAUAUCUUAGUGCAAUAGGAGCAUUGAUGUAUCUUGCUAAUUGUACAAGACCUGAUAUAGCUUUCUCUGUCAAUUUAUUAGCAAGAUUUAGUUCUGCUCCAACAUAUAGACAUUGGAAAGGGAUUAAGCACAUACUCCGCUAUCUCCAGGGUACUAUUGAUAAAGGAUUAUUCUAUUCUAAUAAUUGUGGGUCACAACUUAUUGGCUACGCAGAUGCAGGAUAUUUAUGUGAUCCACAUAAAGCCAGAUCUCAAACUGGCUAUUUGUUCACUUGCGGUGACACUGCUAUAUCUUGGCGGUCAACAAAGCAAACUCUGGUGGCUACUUCCUCAAAUCAUGCUGAGAUACUUGCAAUUCACGAGGCAAGUCGAGAAUGUGUUUGGUUAAGAUCAAUGACACAACAUAUUCGAGGAACAUGUGGAUUAACAUCUAAUAAAGAAGUACCAACAAUUCUCUAUGAAGAUAAUGCUGCUUGCAUCGCUCAACUUAAAGGAGGGUACAUUAAAGGAGACAGAACUAAACAUAUUUCACCAAAAUUCUUCUUUACACACAAUCUUCAAGAAAAUAGUGAUAUCGAUGUUCAACAAAUUCGAUCAAGCGAUAAUCUUGCAGACUUAUUCACGAAGUCAUUACGAACAUCAACUUUUGAGAAGAUGGUUCACAAGAUUGGAAUGCAUCGAUUAAAGGAUCUCCAUGAAUGCCAAAAUGAGGGGGAGUAA